AUGACUUCGUUCAUGGACGCCCCUUUGCUUGAUUUUAGUGUUGGCAAUAAUAAUCCCUACAACACCAACACCAACAUCAAUCAAAAAUCAUCCUCUUCAUCACCAACUUUUUCUACGCAAGUCGAAUUACAAAUUUUAGAAAAAGCCAAACAAAUCGAUCAAAUCAAACUCCAACUCAUUGAACACAGAUUCAAUACAAAAGUUAUUAUCGAUGAUGAGUAUCGAUCGUUUUUAAAAAAUCAAAUCGGACAACUUCAUGUCUUGGAGAGUCAAAUUGCUCAACUCCGAUUGGAUGAUCAUAAUGAAUUUAUUAAUUCAUUAAAAUUGGAUGAAUUGAACAGUCGUGUAACAAGUCCUGUGAAAAAGAAUUUGGUCGAACCUGCUGUGGCCAAAGUGGAUGCACUCACCGUCAAGUCAUUCUUGUCAAAGACUGAAAAGAAUAAUGCCAUGAGACGUUGGAACAAGGCAAUUAAUGCAGUGAGAGGUGUCAGUAAAUUUUCACAAACUUAUGAGAAUGCAAGAAUUAAGAAGGCAGAAGAGAUUUUACGGAACCCAAUUUCAGCUCAAAUGAAGAAUGAAAUUCUCGAGUUGAGAAAGUCACUGGUCAUUUUGAACAACAAGAAAAAGUUAACUCCAGACCAAGAAAUGUUGAAAGAAAAAUUGGUUGAGGAAUUGAAAGAGUUGGACAAGAGAUACCAUGAUCAGUUUUCUCAAGAAUAA